AGUCCAGACCGAAUCAGAGUCCUAAGAAGCUCUGUGUUCCGGCCCUUUCUCCUUGAUAGACGUCCAAAUGAACCAGUGAACGGGCAUCUAGCGCUGCCGCGCCCGCCCUGGUCCGCUCGCACCCGAGGGCCCGCCUGCCUGCCGCAGCCCGCAGCCUGCCGCCGCCAGGUUGUGCCUCAGACUGUCAGAUAAAGCGGCGGGCCGGGCCGGCGGGGCGGUGAGCGCGGCCCGGGCCGGACAUGGCGGCGCUCUACGCCUGCACCAAGUGCCACCAGCGCUUCCCCUUCGAGGCGCUGUCUCAGGGGCAGCAGCUGUGCAAGGAAUGUCGGAUUGCACACCCUGUUGUGAAGUGUACCUACUGUAGGACUGAAUACCAGCAGGAGAGUAAAACUAAUACUAUAUGCAAGAAAUGUGCUCAGAACGUGCAGUUGUAUGGAACGCCCAAACCUUGUCAGUAUUGCAACAUAAUCGCAGCUUUUAUUGGCAACAAGUGUCAGCGUUGCACAAAUUCAGAGAAGAAGUACGGACCACCGUAUUCUUGUGAACAGUGCAAGCAGCAGUGUGCAUUUGACAGGAAAGAUGAUAGAAAGAAGGUAGAUGGGAAAUUGCUAUGCUGGCUAUGCACACUUUCAUACAAACGGGUCCUUCAGAAGACCAAAGAGCAGAGGAAGCACCUGAGCAGCUCUUCCCGUGCCAGCCACCAGGAGAAGGAGCAGUAUAGUCGACUGAGUGGCGGCAGCCAUUACAACAGUCAGAAAACCCUUUCUACGUCUUCAAUUCAAAAUGAAAUCCCAAAGAAAAAAUCCAAGUUUGAGUCGAUCACAACCAAUGGAGAUAGCUUUUCCCCAGAUCUGGCUCUGGACUCACCAGGCACUGACCACUUUGUCAUCAUUGCUCAACUGAAGGAGGAAGUGGCCACUCUGAAGAAGAUGCUGCAUCAAAAGGAUCAAAUGAUUUUAGAGAAAGAGAAGAAGAUCACAGAGUUGAAGGCUGAUUUUCAAUACCAAGAAUCUCAGAUGAGAGCCAAAAUGAACCAGAUGGAGAAAACCCACAAAGAAGUCACAGAACAAUUGCAGGCCAAAAACCGGGAGCUCCUGAAGCAGGCAGCUGCCUUGUCCAAGAGCAAGAAGUCAGAGAAGUCAGGAGCUAUAACCUCUCCAUGAGAGACCACAGGAACGCUCCCGGCAACAGCAAAUGGAUUCCUCGGUUAGGGUGGCAACCUGGCUGUUCUCUAGGAAUUGCAAGCUUCCUUAAGAAAUCUCUAUAUUAUUACAGUUAUCUUUCUUUGUGUGACUGCGUUAGGCUGAAUGGAAACACCUGGUUUGUGCUGUGUUAUGACUGCAUGCUUGAAUGUUUGGGGUUUCAAGCUCCCCUCUCUUUCUCUCUCUUACUCUCUCACUCCCACUCCCCUCUCUCCACUCUACCCCCAGCCCUUCUCUCAGUACUAUUGUCUCUCUUUUGCUACUUUUUUUUUUUCCUUUUUGUGGUGGUCACUGCUCAGUGUUAUGUGCAGAAUGAUUUUUUUUUUUUGGUCCAUCACUGCAUCCUGCCAUACCCAUGAGCAAGCAAUUUGGCAUUAAUUACAUAUCACUGCCACCCUCUGAACUUUGAAAACUGCCACCUUAAGACUUGGUACAAUGGAAGAGACUUUUUCUCUCCAAUAAACCUUUUGCUUCAGGGUAUACCCUUGGGUUUUUUUCCAGGUAUAUUAUGUAUGAACUUUGUACUAUGUAUAGCCAGAGUUUUAUUUAUUUUUUAAAAAAAGAAACUUUUUCUUGAUAAAGGAAUAAUGGUAGCCUAGCUUGUUCUUCUUGUAAAAGUGAUGCUUCUUUUUUAAAAAAAAGUACUACUCUCUAGCUUUUAGUGAAAGAAUCAGAUCUUUUCUUUCUUGUUACCUUGGAGUCUUAAAAACUGAUUGCUAAGGUGAAACAAUUCAAUAUAUAAGUAUGGAGUUAAGUGCCUUUUGGAGGGUUUCUUGGAAGAGCAUGUAAGAAGAUGCUUAAGGGAGGUAGCAAAGAUUUGGAGAGUCUGUCUUUCUAAGUAAGGGCAGAAAGAAAGGUUGUCCAGGUUGUACUGGACACUUCCCUCUCCCUCUCCUUCCUUGAUUGUUUUAUGUGACUGAUUUUAACUUCUCACACUGCCACCUCUUUUUAAACAAAAAAAACACUCUUAUAUCAGCUGUCAUACUGGGCCAUUGUCGGAUAGCUUUUUUUUAAAUGAUUAAAAAUGGGAUAAGAUUUGGACUACAGAGCAUUUUGGAAGUUCGUAUGAGCUGCUCAAGUACGGACUCUGAGUGUGACUGGGAGAAUGAUGUCCCUGUAUGCACGGUCUCCCCUCUUCCUCACCCACUGCCGCCUGCACACUCCCUGCUUUUAAUGGAAAUGUGUUGCAAGCAGGUGCUUCUCAAAAGCAGCUUGGCCCCAACCUGAAUUGUGUCCUGUUUUCCCUUCUUGACCCAGCAGGCACAUGGAUUUACUUUUCAUGUGAGAGGGUAGAUUUGCAUUUCUAGCCAUACUCUCAGGUCCUCUGUGAUGUUUGUGAAAGUUAGAGAUGUGUGGUGUGCCAUGAAACAGUAAAACCAGCUACUUUGGAAUCCUUUAACGCAGGGGUCGAUACUGGAGUUAGAGGUUAUCAUAAGGGCAGAUGACAUUUGUACCUCAGACUACCAGAAGUGUAGCAGUAAGUUUAACUUACUAGGCAUUUCCCAGGAGCAAAGGCUUCUAAUUGGUGAACAUUCUCACGAGUGGAGCCAUGCACUUAAUUGGACAGAGACGUGGAAAUGAGUGGCUUCCUUCAGAUAAGAGGAACAAUGGAUCAUGUUGCUUAUCACUCUGGUAGGGGAUGUAAUUUUCUCUUCUAAGCAAGGGAAUGGCAGUGCUAAAUAGUUUUGUAACUUUUUGAAUGAGAAAAUUUUAGGUAAAGACAAACUGUCAGAUAAUAUUUUUCAGAUGCAUUUACAUUGACUAUGGGGAAAAGAUUGUGAAAAAAGUUGCAGUCAUGGUUUUUUUUUUUUUAAUUUUAAAGACUUGAGAAAUUCUGUUACCUGAAGUGACAAUGUAAAAACAUAUUUAGUUUUAUACUAAAUCUUUUUUUAAGGUCUUGGCAUUUAAUAUAAAGCAAAUCCAUACAUUUUCUAACUUUCCACGAGUUCCAAAAAGAGAAGGAAGAAACCUCAGUCUUGAAAUUUUGGUUUUUAAAAAUCAUGAUACUGUUUUACCAUAAAAUUGAGUAGCUAACUUUUGGUAACACCUUUUGUUUAUUUGUAUGUUUGUAAUAAUGGACAUUUUAAAACACAGGAAUGUUUUGGUUUGUACAGACUUUGAAAAAUGUGUGUUAAUAAAAAUUCAUAUGGACUCAAGUAUAA